AUGCCCUUGGUGUAUGCAGCUGCGCUAGAAGGCAUCGAGACGCACGGCUGGAGCGCUGUAUAUCCUCUGGACGACCCUCCAGCCUGGACUAUCCUCCACUGGGCAGCCAUGGAAGGUCGGCUGGAAAUCUGUCGCCGCCUGCUGGCCGCGGGAGCAGAUCCUUUCUGCGAGGAUGAGCGUGGGUGGACGCCAUUGGACUGCGCAGAGGAAGCCGGGGAGACCGAGGUCUGCAAUCUUCUCCUGGCACAUGGAUCUACAGCUGAAGAUGCUGAACCUGGCCAGGCCUCUUAUUCAGACGAGACUGGGACAAUGCACCCCGUGCUCGCAGCAGCGGUCACAGCCGUGGAGAAGUAUGGUUGGCAGGCUGUGCAUGAGGGGCGCAAAGAGUGGACGGCACUGCACUGGGCAGCGUCGGACGGGAACAGCGCUUUGUGUGCACGCCUUUUGUCCCACGACGCGGACCCAGCGCAGGUGGAUCAGGCAGGGUGCAGUGCCCUCGACUACGCUCGCAAAGCCGGGCAUCGCAGCACUUUGGAAGUGCUUUGGCAAGCGCAGCAACAGCGUCUUCGACGCCCGACCUCUCCAGUCCCUGCCAAGCAGGAACUGGCAAACUCGAGUUCGCAAGCUCCGAUGCUCGGAGCAUACCCACAGUCGCUGCUGCUACCCCCUGGGUAG